AUGUCAUUCGAUCAGACGGGCGAUGAGGAUCAGCAACUUGAUGAGGCGGCAACUGCGAUCAUGUUGAGGCGCUUACCAUGCAAGCUGAUGAUCGACAGCUUUCUGGAGAUUUUGAACCAGUUCUGGCCAGGCCUCUACAAUUUCGUUUACGUGCCCCAUGACAAGUCGCGGGCACGGAAUGUGGCCUUGGCCUUCGUGAAUUUCACGGACAGUGAAUCAGCUAGGAUGGCAUAUGCGUACUUUCAGGGACGCGCCCAUCUGAUGGACACCCGCCUUGGUCCUCAUAGUCGUGUUUGUCAAGCAGACGUCCAGGGACUCAAUCUCAACCUGGCAUAUUUUGUCGCCAGGAGUGGCUUCAGCGAUCUGGAUAAUCCCCAUGCGCCUCGAGUCUUCGAGAACGGUCGGCGCAUCGACCUCUUGGAGGCUGUGAAGAAGCACGUGACCAUGCAACUUGUGGCACAGGCAAGUCGGCACAUGAAGGCCGUCGACGAUGUCCGGGCGAGAAGAAAGGCACCGAAGCAAGACUGUCGCAAGGAUGUCUAUGUGCCGCCACGUGUGCCACAAGGUCCCGGACGGCAUGCUUGGCAUUCAGACCGGGAUGACAGCAGCGGAUCGUCUACGCGGCUACGGCAAGCGUCCGAAGGUGGGGCCGAUCCCAGCGCCAGCAGCUCUUCGAGCCACUCGACGAUAGGACACCGACGUGGUCGUUGGGAAGGUCUUGGACCACUCAUCGGUUCUGGCCUAGCAGCGGUACAACCUGACGGCUCCGUCCAUUUUUUCCUCUAA